AACCCUCCGACACGCGGCUUUCCUCAGUCAUUUCCACGCUGCAAGCUCAUGAGGAGAGAGCGCAGACAAUCAACUGACACUAAAGGCUCUUAAGACUUUUACAUUGACUCAACCACCCUAAAACAGCACAAUGGCAGAAGAAAAGAUAUCUAUAGAAGAUGUAAAGACGUCCAACGGUGAAGCGCACUUGAACGAACCGACUAUGGCCAACGGCUUGAGCGACCACAAGAGAAGCGAGCCGGAGACCAAGGGACAAAAGUUGAAACGCUUCGUCAUGGCCAAUCUGCUGGUCAUCCUGACGGUGUCAGCGGUCAUCGUCGGCGUCUUCAUCGGGCUCGGCGUGCGAAGCGCCGGCUUGAACCGCACGCAGAUCCUUUACUUCGGAUUCCCCGGUGAGCUGCUCAUCCGCCUCCUCAAGAUGAUCAUCAUUCCUCUGGUGGUCUGCAGUCUGGUGUCAGGGGCUGCCAGCCUUGAUCCCAAAGCCCUGGGCAAGCUGGGCGGCUGGGCGAUGCUCUUCUUUCUGGUGACCACCCUCAUCUCCUCUGCCAUCGGCGUUAUCAUGGCGUUCAUCAUAAAGCCUGGCUACAGCGAGGGGAAAAAAUUAACCCAGUUCACCCAGGAUGACAGCGGUGUUCCUGAAUCCAAAGAAGUCAUCGAUUCAUUUUUAGACUUAAUAAGAAACAUCUUCCCGUCGAACCUGGUUGCAGCUGCCUUUCAGUCGUAUGCCACUGGUUACAAGUUUAAAAACACUACGAGCUCAAACGGCUCAACCAACUUGACCAGCUUCACUGUGGAAAAGGUUCCAGUUGGCACAGAAGUGGAUGGAAUGAACAUCCUGGGUCUUAUCGUUUUUGCUAUGGCGUUUGGUGUGGCCUUAAGGAAACUUGGAGAGGAAGGAGAGAUCCUUAUCAAGUUCUUCAACUCUUUCAAUGAGGCCACCAUGGUGUUGGUCUCCUGGAUCAUGUGGUAUGCACCACUGGGUAUUAUGUUCCUGGUUGCUGCUAAGAUUGUGGAAAUGGAGGAUGUCGGCAUGCUGUUCGCCAGCCUGGGGAAGUACAUCGCCUGCUGCGUCAUUGGCCAUGCCGUCCACGGUCUCCUCGUCCUCCCGGCCAUUUACUUUGUGAUUACACGGAAGAAUCCAUACACUUUCUUGGCGGGAUUGGUGACCGCUUUGGCUACUGCCUUUGGAACGUCCUCUAGCUCUGCCACGUUGCCCCUAAUGAUGAAGUGUGUGGAGGAGAACAACGGUGUAUCCAAGCACAUCAGCCGUUUCAUCCUGCCUAUUGGAGCAACCGUCAACAUGGACGGAGCCGCCUGCUUCCAGUGCGUAGCUGCGGUGUUCAUCGCUCAGUUGAAUGGAAUCCCACUGGACUUCGUCCAGGUCAUCACCAUCUUAGUGACUGCGACGGCGUCUAGUGUGGGUGCUGCUGGGAUCCCUGCUGGAGGGGUGCUGACGCUGGCCAUCAUUUUGGAGUCAGUGGGGCUGCCCACCAAUGAUCUGUCCCUCAUCUUGGCUGUGGACUGGCUUGUCGAUCGCACUUGCACCGUCAUCAAUGUUGAAGGCGACGCCUACGGAGCAGGUCUCCUGCAGUUCUUUGUGGACCGCACUUCCAGUAAAGAGGGGGCGGAGCUAAGCAAGGUGCGAGUGGAGGAAGAAGACCCCGCCUCCAGGCCAGAAAGUUCUCCACUCAUCUCAAAACAGGGAAACCUUGAAAUGGAAGUCGUCGCUGGACCUAAACCCUGUGAAAAGGAGUCUGUCAUGUAGACUUGCACAGUAUUUCAACAAACUUUCCUUCCCGACCUGUCUGAUCUCACGAAAUCAAUCUCUGCAUCUACGCAGUGACCAAAGGAGGUGGUUAACACAAAGGAGACAGGUUUAAGUUAAGACAGGACAAAGACUACAUCCAUUUGACCCUCCUCUAUGCCCAGUUCUUAUGAAAAAGAGUCUGCCAAAACUCAUGCACAUUUAGAUGGAAAAAUGCUUGAACAAUUAUUUAUUAGACGCUGGUCAGACAUUUUGGAAUUGCUUCUCUUUUUAGUCUUUAUUUUUAAUGUUUGCUUUACUCCUUUUAUAAAAACAAACUCGGUCCGACCUUUUAAAAUCUUUUUAUAUUAUUAUUAUUAUUAUUAUUAUUAUUAUUAUUAUUAUUAUUAUUAUUACUACUACUACUACACAUGCCCAAAUAGUUCUGAUUUUAUGCUAUUAAAUUAAAUCUUAACUCCGUUUUCAAGCGAAACAUCUCCUAACAAGCCAAAGCAUCUGCAGAAUGUCUCUGCAGUCUUUGAAACACACCAAAUACACUGUUGGGGAGGAUUUAUUGUUCGUUAUGUCGAAAUACCUCGUUCAUGCUGAUUACCUUUAAAUCACCUCGGGUUCCUCCGAUGUAGAUCCAUCUAACGGGUGCAGGUGCUGGUAUUUUCACUAACCUCUUGCUACUAAAGGAAACGAAAGAAUGCUGUAGGAAGCCUGGCUGACAGUUAAAAGACAUCGUCUUACCUUCUACGUUUUUGUCUUUAUGCAGUCACCACUACAUUUUACAGCAGGCUCUUCAAGCUGAACCCUAAUUUCAGACAGGAAUGUACGCACAUUGUAUGGGACACAUGCAAAGUACGCCUUGUCUUAAAGCUUCAAGGCUGUUUGGGUAAAAGCCUUGAAGCCUGCAGGUGAGGGAGUUCCCUAUACGCUGGUUGAUAAGCAACUGAGGUCGAGGUGUAAACAGAUCCUUUCUAUCCGUUUCUGAAGAAAGCCAUAGAUUAGAGCAUGAAUCCAGACUGGAACUGAGAUUUUGGAUUUAUAUUUAAGCUAGAAUGAGGCUAAACAGCUUCCUCAUGGUGUAGGAUCAAUGUACUCCAAAUGUACAUUUUGUUGGCUUAAUGUAUAAAAAUCAUUUUUUUGUAGAGAAAAAAAAUUAGAAAUGAAGUAUAUGAUUUUGUUUGCUUUUUAAAAGCAUGUUUCUGAUAUCUUAAUUUUUUGUAUGCUUUUCUUUUUUCUAUGUGUGUUGUUGCAGAAGAGCACAAAUAUAAAAUGCCUGCCUUUUUUUUUUUUUUAAAAGAUGGUUUAUGAGAUGGAAAUCAGGCAGAAUAUUGUUAACACCAUUUACUGGUGAAUAUUUAACUGUAACUAAUAGUUAGACUGGAUUACUACUUCUGUCUGUUUCUCUCUCUCUCUUUUUUUUUUUUUUUUUUUUUU